AGUUGCAGACUGCAGCAGAAACCGCCAAGCCAUCACGUUGGGAUUUUAAAUUCAUAAAUCAAUUAAUCCAACGCCACAAGAUUAGCUACAUUAUUCGCUGCAGUCUCUCGUCCCAUCUUCCCAAAACGCUGCCAUCACAAGUUUCAGAACGGAAUAGGCGAAAGGCUGCCAGCCUCUCCUCCUAUCUGACUCAAAGGCCUGCCAACGCUGCUGCUUCCUCCUCUGCGCCUUUUCAUCGUUCACGUCGGCACUCAUUUCGAUCGCGCCUGAACGCUUCCACUCGGCUUUCCCCACUGAUUUAGUCGGGAGUAUCAUCAACCUUCCGUAGGGUCAACAGCACGAGAAUAUUAAAAAGCUAGAGUCGACUGACUCGUGAGCGCUGGUCUUUGGUCAGGACACUACUAUACACAAUUUCCACGAGCCGCAGGAGAUGGGCUUAGGCUCUGCUUCAACUGCCGCACCUCUGCUCGCGAGGAGUAGGAGGGAGGAGGAGGAGAAGGAGAAGGAGAAGGAGCAGGUGGUGGAGAGGAAAGGGCCAUGGCGGGGAUGGGGGUUGGGAGAGACGUGGAGGGAGUUGAAGCUGGUGUGGCGCAUAGCAGGGCCCGCCAUACUGACGUCUCUGUUCGAGUAUUCGCUGGGGUCGGUCACCCAGACCCUCGUGGGACACAUCGGAACCCUCGAGCUCGCCGCCGUCGGUCUCCAGAAUCUCGUCAUCUCCGGCAUCGGUUUCGGCAUUAUGUUGGGCAUGGGGAGUGCCUUGGAAACUCUGUCCGGGCAGGCCUACGGGGCAGGAAAGCCUCACAUGCUAGGCAUCUACCUGCAGAGAUCCUGGAUUAUUCUUCUACUUACGGGUCUAGUAUUAUCGACGGUCUGUAUCUUCGCAACGCCGAUCUUGAAGCUGCUGGGUCAGACUGACGAGAUUGCCGAACUGGCGGGAAGAUUCUCGAUAUGGAUGAUUCCUGAGCUAUUCGCCUUUGCAGUAGAUUUCCCGAUCGAGAAGUUCCUCCAAGCACAAAGCAAGGUUGGGGUGAUGGCAGGGAUUUCAGCGACUGUCUUAGCGGUUCACUUGCCUCUCAGCUGGGUUUUCAUCAUAAAACUUAAUAUGGGGUUGGUUGGGGCUGCAAUCACUCUCAAUCUUGCCUGGUUUCUGUUGGUUGCUGGCCAGUUAGCCUAUCUUUUCUCGGGGAAAUGCAGGGACGCCUGGACUGGUUUCUCAUGGCUGGCUUUGACAGAUUUGGUCGAUUUCUUGUGGCUUUCGGUCGCCUCAGCUGUUAUGUUAUGUUUGGAGUAUUGGACUAUGAUGGUAGUAAUUCUACUGGCCGGACUUCUGAAAGACCCUGAAAUUGCUGUAGAUGCUGCUUCCAUCUGCAUGAAUAUGGAAGGAUGGAGUUUCAUGAUCCCAUUGGGCUUUGUUGCAGCAGUAAGUGUGAGGGUCUCCAACGAACUAGGUGCAGGGCGCCCAAAAGCCGCAAAGUUCUCGGUACUGGUGGUGAUUAUGAUAUCGGUGGCAAUACAGACCACCGUUAUGCUCAUUAUUCUGACAACACGGGAGCAUUUCCCCGCACUAUUCACAGAGGAUCAGCAUGUUAUGGCUAAAGUAAGCAAACUUGCUUUCUUCUUGGCGGCUUCGAUUUUCCUCAGUAGCAUACAACCAGUUUUAUCAGGGGUAGCCAUUGGAGCUAGUUGGCAGUCUACUGUAGCCUACAUUAAUCUUGGUUGUUACUAUGUGGUGGGGCUGGGAACUGGUGCUUUACUUGGCUUCAAAUUAAAUUUAGGCUUGCGGGGAAUAUGGGGUGGUGUGCUCUUCGGAGUUCUUCUGCAGACAAUUAUACUCGUAGUAAUUACCUGGAGGACAGAUUGGGAUAAGGAGGCACAAUUAGCACGGGAUAGAGUUGCAACAUGGGUAGGCUAGAUGGAUGUAGUAUCAGUAAAUGCAUAAUCCAUCUUAGGUAAUUUUGGACUUCCCUUUGUUUAAUUGAGAAAUUUGUUUAGCCGUUUAGAGACAGCUUCUCUAUGUGACCGACUGUAAUCUGAACAAGGAUCAGCAAAGCUGAUGCUGAGAAAAUUUGUUUACUUGCGAUU